AUCCUUGUCGCAGACAAAACUAGGCGACAACGGCCUACUUCAAGUUCUCUCGUCAAUUGGAGCCUCCAACAAAAUGGAGCGAGCUAUAUCUGGCAUUACCAGCAAGCUGAGCUCUCGGAAGAGCACAAAAGACUUUUCGGCGCUCGCGGGAGGAAAGGAAUGGCCCACGGAUGCAAACCAGUACCAAAUUCUGGACGAUUGCGGUCGGGGUGUCAGUGCAACUGUGCAUCGUGCAAAAUGCCUCACGAAUGGCGAGAUAAUCGCUGUGAAGCUGAUGAACCUAGAGUCUAUGAACUGCGACCUGGACGAGAUCAUACACGAGGCGCAGACCAUGCGCAUGUACAACCACCCCAACAUCCUGCCGCUGUAUACCUCCUUCGUGCACGGCCAAGAGCUGUGGAUGGUCAUGCCUUUCGUGGCGGGAGGCUCGGUACUGCACAUUAUGAAAUACGCGUACCCGGAGGGCCUGGACGAGGUGGUGAUCGCCACCAUCGGGCGGGAGGUGCUCAAGGGGCUGGACUACGUGCACCGCAACGGCAGCAUCCACCGCGACGUCAAGGCGGGUAACAUCCUGGUGGACGGCGACGGCAUUGUGAAGCUGGGCGACUUCGGUGUGGCGGCCAGCCUGGAGCGCGGCGGCAGCUGGGGCCACGACAAGCAGGCGCGCAUGACGUUCGUGGGCACGCCCUGCUGGAUGGCGCCCGAGGUCAUGGAGCAGACCAUGGGCUACGACUUCUCCGCCGACAUCUGGUCGUUCGGCAUCACGCUACUGGAGAUGUGCCACGGCCAUGCGCCGUUCGCCAAGUUCCCGCCCAUGAAGGUGCUGCUCAUGACGCUGCAGAACCCCGCGCCCACGCUGGAGGACAAGGGGAAGCGGCACUUCUCCAAGGCUCUGAAGGACCUGGUGGCUCGCUGCCUACAAAAGGAGAGCGACAAGCGCCCCACCGCGGCGCAGCUGCUGGAGCACAAGUUCUUCAAGAUUGCCCGCGAUUCCAAGUACCUGAAGGAGUUCCUGGUGGGCAACCUGCCCGCGCUGGCGGACCGCGUCAACCGCAUACGCAACGGCAUGGCCGCCACCAACGUCACCGACAACGACCGAAACCUGGAGAAGAGCCAGGUGGGGGCGCCGCCGGACGCGGCCUCGCUGCACGCGGACGAGCUGGAGGAGAUCAAAGCGCGGGAGGAGUACCGCAAGGGCGUGUCCUCCUGGAACUUCGACCUGGCGGCGCUCAAGGCGCAGGCGGCGCUCGAGCCCGACGACGACAGCAGCGCGCACGGCGCCGCCAGCAUGUUGCCAACCAUCAGCGAGAGUGAUGAGCGGGAGGACACGCUGACCGGCACCAGCGCGGCGGCGGCGCAGGCGUUCCUAGUGGCGCAGGCGGAGGAGCAGGCGGCUGCGGCAGCGGGAGCGGGAGCAGGAGGAACGGGAGCGGGGAGCGCGGCGGCGGCCGGGGAGGCGGCGCGGUCGUUCAUGUCGGCGUUUGCCACGGUAAGCGGGCAGGAGUCCACCGCGAGGACCGGCUCGGUGCUGCCGCUCGCAGCGCCCUCGCCGACGCCAGCACCCAUGACGGUAGACGUGUCUGCGCCCGUGGCAGCGCCCCUGCGCGCGGUGGCGUCUGGGGAAGGGCUGGCGGGCGGCGACCGCGGCGCCAUGCCCGGCUAUGGCGACAUGCCGCCGCCCUCGCCCGGCGGCGGCGUCAGCCCAGCGGCGGGGCUCAGCCGGGAGGGCAGCGUGGGCGGCAACAUGGGUGGCAUGGCCACCACGCCCACCGCCGUCACCAAGCAGAAGAAGGGCCGCUUCGAGGUCAGCGAGCACCCAGCCGUGCCCGUCGCGUCCGCGGCCGCGCCGCAUGGUGUGGUGGCCUCCGGCAGCGCGGUGGCGCUGCCCUCGCUCGCCACCACGUCCGUGGCCGGCGCGCCGCACAUGGUGUCCGCCUCCAGCGCCGGCAGCCUCUCCACCUACAACACCUUCAGCGGCCCCUCCAUCAGCGGCGGCACGGUGCCGGACCUGUCCGCGCUGCGCGGGUCCGCCACCGGGCUCGCGGACAUGGCUGGUGCGGGCGGCGGCGCGGCGCUGCUGGGCGGCGCGGCGGCGCACGGGGAGGAGGGGUUGAUGAUGGGGGCUGCGGCGGCGGUGGCGCCGGGGCCGCAGCCGACGCUGCGGACUGAGGUGGAGGAGAGUGUGACCAGCGUGGAGCCCAAGCAGCGCGGCCGCUUCAAGAUCGUGGCGGAGCAGGGCGCCGAGUCCCGGCCGCUGUCCAAGACCUCCUCACUGGCCAACCUGUCGGACGCGGGCAAGAGCCGCUCCGACGGCGGCGGCGGCGCACUGCUGGGCAAGCCGCCCACCGGCCCCUCCGGCCCCUCCUCCAUCACGCCGCCCAUCAGCAUCAUGCUGCCCAAGCUGCAGGAGCUGCUGGACCACGCCAACGCACACCAGGCAGCGCUGCAGAAACUGCUGGGCGCCGUCCAGGAGUGCGACAAGGGGAGAGUGCCGCUGCUGCUGUCGCGAGCGCAGUCAACACGUUCGCUGUUCGACGGCACGCCUGGCAUGGUGCUGAGUCCGGCCGCGGCGGGCGAGGGGGCAGAGGAGUUGCGGACUGCGAUGGCCGAGCUGCGGGCACGGCUGGCGACGCUGGAAGAUGAGAACGCGCGGCUACGCGAGCGCAACAAGGUGCUCGAGACCCUGCACGACGCCUCGCAGCAGUCUGCCGCCGUUGCCGCGUCCGCCGGCGCGCCGGCGCCCUCCGGGCCCUCCUACAACACCUCCCUCGGCGGCACCUCCGUCCGGUUCAACCUGCCGGACAGCUCCGGUGGUGCGCUGCAGUCGCCCACUUUGUCCGUCAGCCCGAAGCUGCCCGCUGCGGAUCUGCCGCCGGCGCCCGGGUCAGGCGCGCAGCCCAGCGCGUUGUAGCGGCAGCACGCGGCUUGCGCCAAGGCCUUCGUUGGUGGCGCGGUGUGGCGUGCACUGUAGCGAGAGUGUGUACCUUGCGUGCGUGCUGCUGAAAGGUGCGCUCAGCAGAAGUGCCCGUGCCAUCUGUGUCCGUGUCCGUGUCUGUGCCUGUGGCUCGUGUCGUACAGUGUUUGUGCCCCAGUACUGUUUCUGCCUUCUAGAUCGCGUUGUGUUGCCCCGGCGCGAAUGCGGCUCUGCGUCCACUUUGGGGUCGCUGCUGCGCGCUUGCGGCCGCCCUGGCAGUGCGUGUCAUGCUGGCGGUUGCUCAGCCCAGAGGCGGGAUCCCUUGCCUAUUUGAGCAUACUAAAGGCUGACCGGUAGCGGCAGGUGGCGUGCACCGGUUCUGUCUGGCGCACACAAGUGGCUCCAGGUAAAACAUGAGGGCAGAGAAGCACGCACACAAUUCUUGAGAACAUUUCUUUCUUGCGGGGGCAGUUCUUCUGACAAACUACAUGCAUCAGUCAUGACAUUUGACAUUCACACGGCCAUCGACUGGGCGUUGGUACCGGCGUGGGGCAUUGACGAACUGGACAUUUCUUGGGUGCUACACAGCAUGUGCAUAGCGCUGACGGCUUUUGUGUGUGAGGAUGGGGGAUUUGGUUCAGGGAGGAGCAGGCUGCUGCGCUGGGUGUAGGUGCCGAAUGCACGCCCGCACAUACUAAAGCAUUUGCAGAACGUUUGGCCAGGUUUGGCCUCAGGAAAGCGGCCGCAUGUCCGUCCACAUCCGCAUCGUAGUAGCGUAGAGCUCCACUCGAGCGUCUCUCACGGGGACUAUGCGAACUGAUGCUACUUUGCAACGGCCAAGAUGCGGCCAUUGAGGCGUCACAUUAAUCCCGGGAUGCUUCACAUGAUCCUGGGAGAUAGUCGACCAGUCUCUUCCGGCACACAAUCCCGAACAUCACAUGGACAGCGAAACUGUAAGCUUAAGCGCACGCCCAGGUAUUCUGACAGAAGGGUCGGUGGUCGGCCAUGGACACAUGGACAUGUGUGGCAUGGCUGCCAGUCAAGGUGUGCCUCCAGUUGAGCACUGUAAAGCUUGCCGAGA